AUGGCGAGGCGGCCGGGGGACAAACCUCCGUCUUUCACGCCGAAUACGCGCGCAGCUCUCGGGGAUACACACCGCCGCGCUCGCGGGGGCUUCUCGGCUUUUUUCCCGUGGAGCUGCGUCCUAAUGUGCGCGGCUCUUUCUUGUGGAUAUUGCGGAGCCGAGACGGAGUUUUCCAUCCUGGAAGAGGCGCAAGUUCUGGCCGACCAGAUGAAGAAGCUGUCCUCUCAGGAGCUGGGAGUCUUCACCAUGCAGAGGAUUUUCAACUCGUUUGUGUACACCGAGAAGACAUCAAACGGAGAGACGGAAGUGCAGCAGCUGGCCAAGAAAAUCCGUGAAAAGUUCAACCGCUACCUGGAUGUGGUGAACAGGAACAAACAGGUGGUGGAGGCCUCGUACACCGCCCACCUCACCUCUCCGCUCACCGCCAUACAGGACUGCUGCUCCAUACCUGCAUCCAUGAUGGAGUUUGAUGGAAACUUCAAUACCAACGUCUCCAAGACCAUCUGCUGCGACAGACUUUCCCCCACCGUCAACAGCCGAGCGUUCAACCCUGGACGGGACCUCAACUCAGUGUUGGCAGACAACCUGAAGUCCAACCCGGGGAUAAAGUGGCAGUACUUCAGCUCAGAGGAGGGCAUCUUCACAGUCUUCCCUGCCCACAAGUUCCAGUGCAAGGGCAGUUACGAGCACCGCAGCAGGCCUGUGUAUGUGUCUGCGGUGCGUCCUCAGUCUAAACACAUCGUGGUGAUGGUCGACCACGGAGCGUCUGUCACCGACACCCAGCUUCAGAUCGCCAGGGACUCGGCACUGGUCAUCCUCAACGCCGUAGAUGAACAUGACAAGAUCUCCAUCCUGUCCGUGGCAGAGACGGUUCGCUCCUGUUCUCUGGACCAGUGCUAUAAGAGUCUUCUCUCUCCAGCCACCAGUGAGACCAAGAGGAAGAUGAGCACCUUCAUCUCCAACAUCAAGGCAUCUGAUGGAGCCACACAGCACGCAGCGGGCUUCCAGAAGGCCUUCCAGCUGCUCCGGAACACCAGCAGUCUCUGCAAACAGACCACCACCACAGACAUGGUGAUCAUCUACCUGUCCUCUGGUAUCACGACUAGAGAGUCGUCCGAGCAGGAGAAGAGAGCGACACUCAGUGUGGUCAGAGAGGAGAACCGACACCUCAACAACUCGGUCAUGAUCCUCACCUACGCUCUCAUGAAUGAGGGAGUGACAGGCCUGAAGGAGCUGGCCUUCCUGAGGGAUCUUGCCGAGCAGAAUUCGGUGAAAUACGGUGUAGACCGAAUGUCCGACCGUGACCGCUCCUUCGCGGUGGCGGCGGCGUCUGGAUCAGCAGGAGCUUCCAUGAUGCCGGUGGUGAAGGGAAGCAUGAUGGUACUGAACCAGCUGAGCAACCUGGAGACAACAGUGGGACGCUUCUACAUCAACCUGCCCAACCGCAUGAUCGACCUGGCCCGCUUCAGCCUGCCCUACUCUGACCCCAUGGGGGAUGGCUUUAUCAUGACUGUGAGCCGGCCGUGUUACUUCGGGAACCUGCUCCUGGGCGUGGUCGGGGUGGAUGUGAACCUGGCCUACAUCUUGGAGGAUGUCACCUACUACCAAGACUCGCUGGCUUCAUACACAUUCCUCAUUGACAACAAAGGUUACACCCUAAUGCAUCCAUCACUGACGCGGCCUUACCUGAUGACUGAACCCCCCCUGCACACUGACAUCAUCCACUAUGAGAACAUCCCAGGAUUCCCUGUUGUCAGACAGAACAUACUGAACCUCCCUCUGGGCAGUCAGGUCAUUGCCGUGCCCGUCAACUCCUCUCUGUCCUGGCACACUAACAGGCUCAGAGACAACAGCAAAGAUGCAUACAACGUCAGCUAUGCCUGGAAACUGGUUCAGGACACGUCGUUCAUCCUGUGCAUCGUGUAUGUGCAGCCAGAGAUCCCGGUGAAGCAGCUGAAGAACCUGAACACAGCUCCCAGCUCCAAGCUACUGUACCAUCGUCUGGACCUGCUGGGUCAGCCCAGCUCCUGCCUGCACUUCAAACAGCUCGCCACAGUUGAGUCCCCCACUGUGAUGUUGGCAGCUGGUAGUUUCUCCUCUCCCUACGAGCACCUCAGCCAGCCAGAGACAAAGCGCAUGGUGGAGCACUAUACCGCCUACCUGAGUGAUAACACCCGGCUCAUAGCCAACCCUGGCCUCAAGUCCUCUGUCAGGAACGAGGUUAUGGCAACCAGUCACGUCACGGAUGAGUGGAUGACACUAAUGGAAAUGAGUAGCCUCAACUGCUACAUUGUGCGCCGUUACAUAGCAACGCCCAGUGGGGUGCUCCGGAUUUAUCCAGGAUCACUGAUGGACAAAGCCUUCGACCCGACCCGCCGACAAUGGUACCAGCACGCUGUGGCAAACCCUGGCCUCAUCACCUUUACAGGUCCCUACCUGGAUGUGGGCGGUGCGGGCUACGUUGUCACCAUCAGCCACACCAUCCAUGCAUCCAGCUCUCAGAUGGCUCCUGGUUAUGCCAUCGCAGUGAUGGGCAUCGACUUCACCUUACGCUACUUCUAUAAGGUCCUGCUGGAUCUGCUUCCCAUCUGCAACCAGGACAAGGGCGACAAGAUCAGGUGCUUCAUCAUGGAGGACAGAGGGUAUCUGGUCGCUCACCCCACUCUGAUUGACCCCAAAGGUCAUGCUCCUGCAGAGCAGCAGCACAUCACACACAAGGAACCACUGGUGGCCAAUGACAUCCUAAACCAUCCCAACUUUGUCAAGAAGAACCUGUGCAACAGCUUCAGUGAUCGCACCGUGCAGCGCUUCUACAAAUUCAACACCAGUAUAAUGGGGGACCUAACCAACCUGGUCCAUGGGAGCCAUUGUUCAAAGUACCGCCUGACCCGAAUCCCCGGCACCAACGCCUUCGCCGGUAUCGUCAACGAGACGUGUGACUCUCUGGCGUUCUGCGCCUGCAGCACCGUGGACCGGCUCUGUCUCAACUGCCACAGGAUGGAGCAGAAUGAAUGCGAGUGUCCAUGUGAGUGCCCUCUGGAGGUCAACGAGUGCACCGGCAACCUCACCAACGCUGAAAACAGGAAUCCCAGCUGCGAGGUGCAUCAGGAACCCGUCAGUCUGAACGUGAUUGAUCCCGCUCUGCAUGAGACCCUGCCCCAGUGCAUCAACACCCGCUGUAGUCAGAGAUACACCAGCAGUGACUGUUUCGGCGUGUUGGACUGUGAGUGGUGCAUGGUGGACAGCGAUGGUAAGACUCACCUGGACAAGCCAUACUGUGCCCUGCAGAAGGAGUGUUUCGGGGGCAUCGUCGGCGCCAAGAGUCCCUAUGCAGACGGCAUGGGACUGCUAGAUGAAGAGGUGGCAUCUCUGAACAUGAUCAAGAGCGCCCCUGUGGGUCCAGUCGCUGGGGGCAUUAUGGGAUGCAUCAUGGUGUUGGUGCUGGCUGUGUACGCAUACAGACACCAGAUCCACAGGCGAUCACACCAGCACAUGUCACCACUGGCAGCACAGGAAAUGUCAGUGAGAAUGUCCAACCUGGAUAACGAAAGAGACGAGAGGGACGAGGACAGCCACGAGGACAGAGGAAUCAUCAGUAACACCCGAUUUAUUGCUGCGGUGAUUGAGAGGCACACUCACACUCCCGAGCGAAGACGGAGGUACUGGGGACGAUCUGGGACAGAGAGUGACCAUGGCUACAGCACCAUGAGUCCGCAGGAGGACAGCGAGAAUCCGCCCGGAAACAACGACCCGCUCUCAGCCGGCGUCGACGUCGGCAACCACGAUGACGACCUCGACCUGGACACGCCUCCUCAGACGGCUGCAUUGCUCAGCCACAAGUUUCACCCCUACCGGCACACGCACACACACCACCACCCGCUGCACACACACUCGCACCACCUGCAGGCUGCGGUCACCGUGCACAGUGUGGACGCAGAGUGCUGAUCUCUGGCGCAGACAUUCACCCUCCUGCCAGGGAAGACACUUUUUUUAAUCAAAGACUAUUUUUAAAAAAAAAAACCAAACAUUUGUGCUGGAUUAGAGAGCACACCAUAGGUACUGUGAGUAUGGACGUAGGGAGGGAGAAGCCCCAGCUGGACUCGAAACCCACAGCGUCACGGCUGGGACCUCCGCCAUGAACGGAUGUUUAGCUUAAAAUGGGUAUUAGCCUCAUGGUCUCAUUGUGCCAACAUCUCCAUCUCAACCGUUUUUUUUUUUCCAAACCCAGUCCAAAAUCUGGCAGGUGUACUCAGUUUUUUUUUUUUUUUUUACCAGAAUUGCCUGAACUGGGCCAAAAAAAAAAAAAAAAAUCUAAUGGGAUUAUUUUGUUUGUUUCCUAAAGGAACUUUUGUAAGAGCACACAUCAACCUUUGGGAGCAAACUGAGCCGAUUCAUUGAAGACAGGAUAAAACUGGAACCCAUCAGCAUUGCGAGAGGACAAACAUCUUCAUUUCCAUGCGGAAGGCCGGAGCAAACACGUUAUAGGGCCGGAGGAUAAUCAAUUAACUAAUCUAGAUGCUGAGUGGACCCCUUUUAGCUUCGGGGCUUCAUCCCAACCUUCACACAACUCAUUUCCUCUUAAAGCCCACUUAUGGUGAGGGGCACGAGGGGAAACGAGCCCUUCAUACAUUUGCGAGGUCUCUGAUGAGGAGUGCUGUACUGUAUUUCCACACAGACCGCAGUCUAAUGUUGGAUUCUAUCAUGGAUUCUGUCAGAGCUUUACUCUGUAUGGUUCUGCCGAUUGAGACUCUGCAGUUUCUCUGAAAGUAGUUGCUGGCCUUACACAUCAUGGGUUUGGGAAGAUAUUUGGACAUUUUCACGAGUGUCUGCGAACUUCAAAGCAGUCGCAUAAAUGUUGAAAGACACACUUCAAAGAAGAAAAGAUUAUUUUUCUACUAUUUAUUAAAAGAGGUAGAUUUUCAGGCAAGCAGCUGCAGCUAACACAAAUAAGAAAGUAGUUAAAGUAAAUGAAACACACCGACCAACUUCCUGUAACUAAUGCGUCACAUGUAGGGCUCAUUAUUUUCAUUUUUUUUUGUUUCCGUAAAGUCUGUGACUGCUUGUGUUUGUUUAAAAUUUUAAGAGUUUAAGUAGGAAGGACUUGGGUGCAUAAUCAGCAGCUCAUUUUCUUUCCAUUUUUUUCUUCAUUUUCUACCACCAGAGCUAUCUUGUCUGUCAGAGAGUUUUUAUCAUAUAGUGUAUACAGCGUUUCUUCUUCAAGCAGGAAACACUGUUGGCUGAGCAGAGACCUUAAAAUCAAAGUCAAAAUCAGAUUUGCUCCUUCUAAAAGAAAUCCAGGUGUCUUUCGGUGAUUAUCGGUAAAAAAAAAAAGAAAAAAAAGAUGAGCCUUAAUCGCAUCCUGUGUCGGAGCAGUCUGGACGGAGUUGUCACGGUUCUGAUCACUCAGGUCUGUGUGUUCUUGUAAGGAUUGCUGUGCAGAACGUCCUCACUCUGGACACAGAGGCGGCCUCCUGGGGAUGGAGGAGGGAAGAGAGAGACUAACACCAGCAACACAUUUCCAGCUUUAGGCCCUGCUGGGGAUUUGGUGUGUGAGGAUAAUUGCUGGCCCUCACAGAGGUCCUGGGAGAUUCUCAAAGACUGAAAGCUGUCCUCGUAAUCUGAGACAUUUUUACCCCAACUUUUUGCCUCCGAGUCCAAGCUGAUACUGUGUGUAUGUUGUGGUUGUGUGCUGGAUUUGGUGCAAAAUGAGCUGAAUUUCCAGUGAUGCCCCAAGAUGGAGUCUCCCUCUCAUUAAAGAGAGUCAGCGAGGGAGAGAUGCUGCUGUUGUUGUACAGAGGUUACACCCAUCUGUCGGCUCCUCUGUGGUUAACCACUCAAAAUGUCUUUUUCUACCAAUGUGUCUGGUUUAAAAGGGAACUCCACCAAUUUUACACAUUAAAGUGUGUUUACAGGUCUUGGGGGAGUACUCCUGUGAAAAAGUAGUACGAGGCUCUUUGCAUCCCUGGAGGUAGCUGCAUGUAAAUCUGUUAAAUUGCCUUCAAUGACGGCACUUUGUGGUUACGUUGCAUUGUGGGAAAUGUCAGCACCAGGAUUUGUCCUCCUGUACCACCUAAACUCCUAAAAACAAAUGAUCAGAAUUGAUACAAGCAGAAAUAACAUCUUUUUUAUCCCACUUCUUCUUUCUUCCUUUUCAAAAGAUGGUGCCUACAUUACCCACAGUGCAACUUAGCAACGGAUUGACAUCAGUAGGAGACAAUUUAUCAGAUCACAUGCGGCCUCCUCUGGAGCUACUACUACUUUCUCUACAUAUACAGUAGUACUCUUCAGGAACUGUAAACACACUUUACUGUGAACAUUGGUGGAGUUACCCUUUAACUGUAAUGUGUGUAUAUGUGUGUGUGUGUGUAUGAGAGUGAUAGAGAGAGUGUGAAGAAAGAAUGAUUAUCCACCUGGAACAUUUUCAUUGAAUGCAUUAUUGUAUUUUUUUUAAAGAUAGUAUUAGAGAAUUAUAGGUGAAAUUAUUAUGAUCGAGAAAUCCACUUAUUUUUAUUCUGAUGAAGAGUCGCUCGACCCGAUCCAUGCUGCGUGCGUCUGAUUGUUCACUUCCGUGUGGCAUCCAUUUAUUUCUGGGUGCAAAAAUUGUUUUAUUGUUUUUUUUUUUUUCUUUAUGAAGUGUAAAUACAGAAUCAACCAUAGCUAUUAAUGUCCUGUACACUCCAUAUUUUUUUAUGUUGCUAAGACAUGAUGCUCAGAUUUUUGGGUUGAUAUUUUUGAAUUGUCUGUUCAUGGUGUCUCACUAUAUUUCUGAUGCCUUGGAUGUUUUGUUUGUUCACAUGAUUUAUUUUUUAUUUUUUUUAGGUCCAUAUUGGAUGGAAGUCAGUACUUGGAAAAACUAAUACACACUUUUUUUGAGAGACUUCUAGUUUUUUAAAGAUUUAUCUCGUGUCUUCACAACAUUAAAGGAAACUUAUUUCUCCACGAACCAUUUUUGGAUUUUUAAAACAAACAGUACUGCAACCGUUAUUUUCAGUAAUGACCAAAACGACACCACUGCAGUGGAUUCAGAUUUAUCAUCAUCGUUAUGCAAUCAGACCGUUUUUUCUGCUGGAAGAUUUCUUUACCUGCAGUCAUCUGUAGCACAAACAAAUCAAAGGUUUCCUGUUUCCCCUCCACGUGGUGCAUCAUUUUGGUUCAGUUCCACAUCGAAGCAGUCUUGUAGCAUUUCAGGGCAAUUUUUAAAAAAUCAAAUGCAGUCUAGUGAGUACUUUUUCAAUGUGUGUGUGUUAAGGCAGAUUUUUUUUUUUUUUUUUUUCUCCAAGUUGAGUUUGUUGGUAAAAGUCUUUUUUUUCUGGAGAACUUUGAAACAGUAUUUACCAGCUGUUGUAAACAGGUAUAUGUGUGUAUGUCAAUGUGUGUGUGUGUGCGUGUGUGUGUGUGUGUAUACAGAACACUCUGAAUUGCAUUAAUUAAUAUACUGAAGGAACAUGUGUACAUCAACCCCCCUCAUGUAUCAUAUAAAGUUAUCAGAUUGAGAUUUAUUGCAAUGUGAAUGUGAUAAAGUCCAUUUUACACUUAAA